AUGGCAUGGCGCGUUGCAAAGGACAUGAUGUUCCAAGGGAAUUUCAAAGCAAGGGAAGUAGAUAUGACAGGGAAGACUGUGGUAGUGACGGGGCCAUCCCGGGGUGGCAUCGGAUUUGAAACGGCUUUGGCCCUUGCACGGCAGGGGGCAACAGUUUUAUUGGCAGCACGCAACAUGGAGAAGGCCACAAACGACGCUGAAGCCAUCGCAGUGGAGACACCGGGCAAAGUCAAACCGCAGAUCUUCAAAUGUGAUGUCUCGAGCAUUGGGAGUGCCCGAUCAUGUGCCGAGCAGAUCUUUCAAGAGCAUCCAGUCGUAGAUGUCCUCAUUAACAAUGCAGGGGCAGUAUUUGACGAGAAAGGAAGCAGUGAAGAUGAUGUGGAGAUCACAUUUGCCACCUGCGUUGUGGGGCAUCACAUGUUGAAUUUCCUGCUGAAACCCGUUCGGAUUGUGUGGGUCACAGGUGACAUCUAUGCUAUCUCGGAUGGCUCAGCCAAUCCCAACUUCAAGGGCAAGGGUGUCUCAGCCUAUGCCAAUGCUUGUCUUGCUCGCUUGAUGCUGGCUAGGGAGAUGAAACGCCGUGGCAUUGACACCGAAAUCAUUGCGGUUCACCCGGGGGUCAUCAAGUCGCAGUUCAUCAAACCAAAGAAUUGCUGUGAAGGAUGUUUGAUGAGCAUUUGCGUUUGCGGCCGCAUCGAUGUAGUGGCAGGUGCUCAAAGUAGCAUUUAUGCUGCCACCUGUCCUUCAAGUGACCUUCGCGAAGACACCAUUUACUUCCACAACAAGUAUGGGUGGUACGUAUUGACACCCAAUGACCUUGCCAUGAAGGAAUCUCGCUCCCAAGCUCUCUUUGAUGAGUGCGAUAAGCUGUGCAACAUUUCGCGGUGA